AUGACCUACUCGCGGGCUCAGAGACGAGCCCAAGAGCACAACGAGAAGCUUCUCCGUCUAGAUGGCAAGGGUGUUCACUUUCCUCCCGGACCCUGUCUAGGGUCAGACAAGACCGCGGCUAUGGCCAUGCGCAUUCUUCGUUUGGAACCUUCCGAACUCUGUCCCAAGCCAGACUAUGAGGACUUUGAGUCCAACUUGCGGAAAUUCGACAAUUACACCACACUAGUCGCCAGCGGGAAGGAGACUGAGUUCAACUCCCAUGUUUUCUGGACCGAGGUACUCGACGAGUGCAACGAUAGCUAUCCAAUUGGCAUAUCCAGCAUAAAGAGCGAGGUAUCCAGGCAUGGAAGGAGCGUCAAAAACGCCAUCUUUCGGAUUGUCAACACUUAUCGAAAGGCUCGAAGGAGAUACAUUCAGCUACACAUGGAUGAAGACAAUACGCAACGAGACCGCUUCAACCUGUUAGCUCGCUUGGAUCAACUCGAAGACCUCGACCAACGUCAUCUGCGCAAUGGAAGACGGAAUCGCCGAAAGCUCAGAGCCAGAGAUCGCAAUUCCUCCCAGUCUCAACAGCACAACACGAGCCCGACCGCUCACGACGCUAAGCAAUAUGAUGCGCCAUGCGUCAAUAACGCCGAGGACAGCUAG